AUGGAACCAGAAAACAAAACACAAGUUUUAGAAUUUAUUCUCCUUGGACUCUCAGGAGAUACAAAAGUGCAGCCCCUAAUAUUUGGACUCUUCCUGAUGGUUUACCUGGUAACCGUCUUUGGGAACCUGCUCAUCAUCCUGGCCAUCAUCUCUGACUCCCAUCUCCACACUCCCAUGUAUUUCUUCCUCUCUAACCUGUCUUUAAAUGAUCUCUGUUUCACCUCCACUACUGUCCCAAAGAUGCUGCUGAAUAUCCAGACAGAAAGCAAAACCAUAACUUAUGAAAGCUGCCUCAGCCAGAUGUAUUUCUUCAUGCUUUUUGGAGGAUUUGAAAUCUUCCUCCUGACUGUGAUGGCCUAUGACCGUUUUGUAGCCAUCUGUCACCCCCUGCACUACUCAGUCAUCAUGAACCCCAAGCUCUGUGGUCUCCUGCUGCUGGCAUCCUGGUUAUUGAGUGUUCUGGACUCUCUUUUAAAUGGCUUAAUGGUUUUGAGAUUGACUUUUUGUACAGAGUUGGAAAUUCCCCACUUCUUCUGUGAACUUAAUCAUGUACUGCAACUUGCUUGUUCUGACACCUUCCUCAAUGACCUAGUGAUGUAUUUUGCAACUGGACUUGCAGGUAUUAUUCCUUUUACUGGGAUCCUUUUCUCUUACUAUAGGAUUGUAUCCUCCAUUUUGCGAAUGUCAUCAGCUGAAGGCAGGUAUAAAGCAUUUUCCACUUGUGGGUCUCACCUUUCAGUAGUUUCCUCGUUCUAUGGUAUUGGAAUUGGAGUGUAUCUUAGUUCUGCUACCCAAAACUCAAGGGAAAGUGCAAUAGCUUCAGUGAUGUAUGCAGUGGUGACUCCAUUGUUGAACCCCUUUAUCUAUAGCCUUAGAAACAAGGACAUAAAGCAUGCCUUAAAAAAGUUAAUUGGGACCUAUAAAAUUAUAGGAAUUGUUGGAGAGAUGUAA